UCACCACUCCACCAGCGGCAACAAACGAGGUACGUUGCCCGGUGACUGGUGACGCCUUGAAUGUUAGUUCCUUAUGCAUUAAUCCUUGACGCACGACCUCACUUGGAUAAUUUAUACACACUUUAAUCAAAGACCUAAAACUUGGCAAACUUAAAUACAAUACAUAGUGUCUUCACCUUUUUGACACGAGCUUCUAACUUUGCACUGUACCACCAGUUCUCACAAGCAUCAACAUUCAUGCAGUUUAACACGAUCAGUUUCACUUGUAAACUUUAUAUAAAGCCUUGUAGAUCCGCGGCACAGUACAAGUCUCACAUAUGGAAAGGUUGCGAGCUCUACCCCGGUUCAUGGCGGUUCUGUGAUGAGAUGGGUAGCAUUCUCUGGUAACCCUGACAGAGCUGUACAGUCUUAACUACGAUUCUUUUAUCACUUUAUAAACUAUUGAUUUAUUUUUUUCCUAUCAGUGUUGAGGAAGAUUCCACUUCAGUGCAGAUUAAGCCAUUCACUGCUAUUUGGUACUUUUUUUCUAAAUCACUAACCGCUGUGGGACAUUUCUUCUCGUUCUACAGCUACCUCCAAACAUUAUUCUGGCUUGAAAUUGCAAAAUCUAUUCCUUUUCAUUCUUUUCUUUCUCGCAGGUGCUUAUAAAGAUUUCGUAUUAAUUUUAGUGUUGUGAAUUGUUGCAUAUCGCAGUGAAAAUGUUAAUGGGCUAGUAGAUGUAAGCAGCCGACCUUUUCCCGCCCAUCAAACUUAUUAUCUCCAUACUCAGACUCUACAACAAUGCAUUUGUUGUUCUCGCUCUUCUACCAGUAUUCUGCUACACACACACACACACACACGUGAUCAGUAGGCUUCCACCCACAAAAGACCGGGAGGCUACAGAAUGGUCAGAAAGGUAGCGGAGAUACGGUAUGGUGGAAUUCCUACGUUGACUGGGUGGGGGUAGAGACGCAACAGCAGUGUCGAGGGUGCAGCCUUCGGAGAAGGAUGGGGCGCGCGUGUGUGGAAUUGGCAUUGCUGGGCCUGUGCUUCGCCGCUGUUGCAGAGGCCUCCGGAAUAUAUUUCCCUGGCCAACUAAACCACGCUGAACAUGAGUCCUGCAGGACACAUUUAAGCACAGACGGCACGUGUGAGCGCACCUGCGGCCCCUCGUUCAACCCCAGAGAGCUUAGCAAGUGUGGCAUCAAAGAUUCCGCCUUCCUCUACUGUUGCGACCCAAACCUUGUCAGAACCACAGACCGUGUCGUGGACAUCUCUCCUCCCUUCACAACGUUUCAGUGUGGAAAAAAUUCAAGGAAUAGUUUUUUCUUUCCUCCGUUUUACGAUCCACCGGCUGGAUUCCUGCGGCCCGAAGCUGACUUGCCUUCCCACGAUGUCUUGACAGCGGCCAUCCCACCUUCCCAUACACCGGGUAUUCCUGAAGAGGCAAUAGUAGAAUACGAAGACUUCACUUCGCCUCCUGGCAUCUACGAAGCUGUUGGGGGAGUCGUAGCUGAGAAGAACGCUUGGCCUUGGAUGGCACUGGUGGGUAAAAACACCACCCAAGCUCCUAAGUGGUUCUGUGGCGGAGUGUUGAUCAACGAGCAGUGGGUGCUCUCAGCUUACCACUGUUUUAUCCACCACUUUGCCGAGGUAGUACGUCUAGGCGAGCACGACUAUAACGAUGAAUAUGAAGGAGCCUCUCCGAAGGACUUCGAUGUAUUGGAAACAGUACUCUACCCUGACUACAAACACCCUCAGGCUUACCACGACAUUGCACUCCUCAAACUGGCCUCCAAAGUUACCAUUGAGGAUUACAUCAGGCCUGUGUGUCUGCCCUGGGGAAGAGCGAGUGACAGUGUAGUGACGAACAACAUCGCAACUUUGACGGGCUGGGGCGACACCGAGUACGGUGGAUUCCCCAGCACCAUCCUACAGGAAGUCAACGUUACGGUAUUCGAUGUUGGCCAGUGUGACAGCAGUUACUCCAGCCUGCCUCACUACUCUGUCACCUGGCCUCAGGGUAUUGGCGAGGAGACCCUGUGUGCCGGAGACCCUAAUGGAGGCCGGGACGCAUGUCAGGGCGAUUCGGGCGGGCCUCUGGUGUCUCAGGACGAAAAUGGGUCUUACGUGCUGGCUGGUAUUGUUUCAAGAGGUUAUGGCUGUGGCCACAAGGACUACCCAGGACUGUAUGCCAACAUGCGUCACCCUGCCUACCUCGCCUGGAUUAAAAAGACUGCCUUCACUUCUCCCUGAACGACGUAGCAGGACUCGAGGCGCGGCGUGGAGAUGCACUUAGGAACCCAUCACUUGAAGCAACUAACUCUGGUUACUUUUAAUAUAAUGCUUUCGUAUACGUACGAGAGAAAAGUUGUUAAUUUGUGGCGUUUUUAUUAAAGUGUAUUUUUUAAUUUUCAAAUUAUU